GACAACUUCCGGUGAAAUGCGUUACAUGGUUUGAAAUUUUUACCUUUAUUGUUUCGUGUCAGCAGAUUCUUCCUCGUGCUUUUCUACAAAAGGAGUAUUUUGCCAUUUUAGGAAGUUAUGAACGAUGAGAUCUGCCAAACGUUUGAAAGAGUUGCCAAAAAGAUGGGGUGGACGAAUGGGGGAGGACUUGAUGGAGCAGAAAAGAAGUUGAUAAGUGUAAUUGGGAAGACGCGUCAUGUUGGGACAAGUGCUCAUCAGUCAGCCUUCAGCUCAUCCAACAUGGCACUGAGCGAGUCAAGUGAUGACGAGUUUGACAAAUUUCUAGUGGAAAGGUUUACUCCCCAGGCAAAAGCUCUGUCCCAGAAGUCUCGCAGUGCAGCAAAGACACAAAGUUCCAAUGUUCCUGUGGUCAGCCCAGAUGAAGAUGAUGAUGACACCUUUGAAACCUUUCUGGAGCGAGUAAAAACACCCACCGCCAAACCCAGGAAAACCUCUCCGAGCGGAAGUGGAGAUAGCCUCCGCAACUUCAUAGUGGAUGACUACUCGUCUGAUGAUGACUUCAUUAAGACAAAAUCAACUUUUAGAGUUCCUAACACCAGCACCACUCCUGCAGCUCGGCAGCCACUCAAGAAGCCUCUCUCUCAGUUUAAUUCCCCAGUCUUUAUUAGUGACAGUGAGGAUGAAGAUGAUAAUAAUGUUGUCAUUAGGAGCACUUGGAAGAUCCGUCACUCAAAGCCCAAACCCCCGCUGAAGGCUAACCACAAUAACGAGGACCAAAGUGAUGAAGAGAACCGUUUGCCAUCACUGCCUCUGCCUCCCAGUCCUGUUCUCUUUACUCGUCCACCCUGUAAAACUCAAACAUCGGCGUCCUCCCCCAAACGCACCUUUUCUGCACCCUCCAAACUGGACGAGUCGAGCAGUUCAGAGGAGGAAUUCGCAUCUCUUCUAGAGAGACUAAAAAGGAAAAACAAUAUCACGGGCACUUCAUUCUCACCUAAGACCACCAAAGAAUCCAGUCGUGAGCCUGUUGUUUCAGUUCCUGUGAAGACGUUCACAACACCGAGGUCUAAGGUAUUAAAGGAAAAACCUCAGCAUGUGAAGACGCCGGGGAAGUCCUCCGUCACCAUGCCCACCGUCAGUCAGUCAGAGCCCAGACAGGGUGCUGCCAGCAGGAUCAUGCUGUGUAAGACCUCGGGGUGCUUUCUGCAUUCACUCACAAACCCUGACUCCAAAUAUGGGGCAAGUUUCAAGAAAAACAAGGAGGAACUCACCGGCAGAUUAUACCAGCUCUACAAUACCAGUGUGUUCGACAACAAGCUGCCAAGCAACAUGUCCGUGACCUGGAAUAAGAAGAUGCGGAAAACUGCCGGCUACUGCAUUACGGGGCAGGAAAGGAACGGAGGAAGCCGCUACGCCCGGAUUGAACUUUCAGAGAAAGUUUGUGACUCUGCAGAUCGCCUGAGAGACACACUGAUCCACGAGAUGUGUCACGCCGCCACGUGGCUGAUAAAUGGCGUGAGGGAUGGCCAUGGAAACUUCUGGAAGCUGUACGCUCGCAAGUCCACAGUGGUGCAUCCCGAGCUGCCCAUGGUCACGCGCUGCCACAGCUACGACAUCACCUACAAGUUCCAGUACCGCUGCACCCGCUGCGAGAACACGAUCGGCCGCCACUCCAAGUCUCUGGACACGCAGAGGUUUGUGUGCGCCCUCUGCACGGGCCAGCUCGUCUUACUGACGCCCUCCAAGCCACGGGCGCCCACACCUUUCGCCGCCUUUGUCAAAGAAAACUACGGGAACGUGCGACAGGAGCUGGCGGGGCAGAGCCACGUGGAGGUGAUGAGGAAACUCAGCGCAGACUUCGCCUCCAAAACUAAGCUCACCCAAAGCUGAGCCAGGGACCUUUACAGGAAGAAUACCUCAAUCAAAGAGUCUUACAUCUCUGGGCAGCUUCGGUCAGUGAUUCCCAAGUCAAUUUACAUGUCCUCUUUGUGUUUGUGGAUGAUCAGAACCGCUGUAACUGGACAAUUCCGAGCCAAAACAGCAGGUUUGUUACCUCUUUCUGUGUUUUUGUUCAUUUCCAGAUCACAGAUAUCAGUAGUUUUUUUUCUAAUAGGAAUUCAAUUUUGGUGUGACUUCUUUCUUGUCAAUGAAAUUUUGAAAUAAAGUUUGCAUCUUUAAUGCAUCAUAACAUGGUAUGUAGUCAUAUCAGAUCACUAAGA